AGAGAGAGGGAGAGAGAGAGGGAGUAGUGAGGGGGAAUCAAAAUUUGUUUACUGUUACACAGCUACACCGGUCCUCCGUAUUUGUCCAAAGGAAAAUGAUAACAAAAUGGUAUUGCGAUUGAGUUCGAGACAAAGGCUCACUCACUCAUCGUAAUAACUUUAAGCAGAAACGAAACAAAAGAAGCAAAACUUACAGAAUUCAUUAUACCCCGAAACGAAAAACAAAACACGGCCCCUUGCAAUCAUGCCAAAUAUCACCGGGACAACUCCAGCUUCUUUCACGGCGGCGGUCACUUGGUCCGCCCUAGUGGCCCAGAAGAACAACACCACACACCGUGGCUAUCAUAGCUACAACAUCAGUCUACCCUCCCAUCAUGAGCCCAGCGGCCACCAUCACCCAUUGCUUAUGGACCAGCUGGAUGUGAUGACCCCUUACUCCACGGCAUCGCCCACAGCCAGUGGGGCAGAGCUUCAGGAGAAGGCAGAUCUGAUAGACAACGAUUUUGUUCAGAUAUUCUUUUGCAUUCUCUAUACCACAGUCUUUGUGUUGGGGGUCUUUGGCAAUGUGCUGGUGUGCUAUGUGGUGCUUAGGAAUCGAGCCAUGCAGACCGUUACCAAUAUCUUCAUAACCAAUCUGGCCUUGUCCGACAUACUGCUGUGCGUUUUGGCUGUGCCCUUUACGCCCCUCUACACUUUCAUGGGGCGUUGGGCUUUUGGCCGCACCCUCUGCCAUUUGGUUUCAUUUGCCCAGGGCUGCAGCAUUUACAUCUCCACACUCACCCUAACUUCCAUAGCCAUUGAUCGGUAUUUUGUCAUCAUCUAUCCCUUCCAUCCGCGCAUGAAAAUGUCCACCUGCAUAGCCAUAGUGGUUAGCAUAUGGGUAAUUUCCCUACUCGCCACGCUGCCCUAUGGCAUGUACGUCAAGGUAGUACCUGGCUAUGCAAAUGAAACCGAAGAUGCCCUGAAUGGCACAGCCACACAGUUCAACUUCAACUCCACCAGUCAGAAUGCCUCCUAUGCGCCGCAGCGCACCUACGAUGCCUACAUGCAGAUCGUUUCGUCAACGUCGACUACAUCAGAGCCGGAAGUUCCCUCCAAUUCGAUUAGCUACUGCGAAGAAGACUGGCCCACGGAGCGCUAUCGUAAGGUCUUUGGGUCGGUGACCACCAUACUGCAGUUUGUCUUGCCUUUCGUCAUCAUCUCCAUAUGCUACAUAUGGAUAUCCCUGAAGCUGAAUGCUCGUGCCAAAGCCAAGCCAGGCUCGAAAUCAUCGCGCAAGGAAGAGGCCGAUAGGGAUCGCAAGAAGCGCACCAAUCGCAUGCUGAUAGCCAUGGUGGGUGUGUUUGGCCUCUCCUGGCUGCCGCUGAAUGUGGUGAAUAUCUUCGAUGAUUUCUAUGAGAAAUCCAACACAUGGCGUUUCUACACUCUCUUCUUCUUUGUGGCCCACUCCAUAGCCAUGUCCUCCACUUGUUACAAUCCCUUCUUGUACGCCUGGCUGAAUGAGAACUUUCGUAAGGAGUUCAAACAUGUGCUGCCCUGCUUCAAUCCCUCCAAUAAUAAUAUCAUCAAUCUAACGAGGGGCUAUAAUCGCUCGGAUCGCAAUACCUGUGGGCCGCGUUUGCACCAUGGCAAUGGUGGUGCUGCCACCCGAGGCAGUAGUCUAGAAAAUGAGGAUGAUGGCGAUGGCAAUGCCAUCACCCAAGAUACCACACUCACAACAAAAGAUAAACUGCUGAUCAUACCGCGCGAGCCCACCUACGGCAAUGGCCAUAAUGCUCUGUCGCCUUGUCUGGAUCGUGGUGUAAAUGUAGCCUUGGUCCAAUGCAGCAAACAGGUGGAGAUACUACUCAACGACAAUGAUAUACGAAAGCAUGGCUAUGACGAUUACGAUGCGGACUCGUGUGAGGAGCAAACCAUUGAGAUGCGUUUCAAUGAAACGCCCUUUAUAAGCUCCGACAAUAAUACGGCCAUUAGCAUUAUGGAGACGAGUACUAGUUGUGAAGCUGAGCGCAGUGGAAGCAGCGAUCGAGAUCGUCGGAGUAACUGAGGAAGGAUCAUUGAAACGCAUUUCUAGAGGAUAAUGCGCAUAACUUAUAUCUGAAUCCAUCUGAAAGAAUUUUUAAUAAACAAACAUAGUAAUUUUGGUGUAACUACACAAAUUGAAUGGAAAGUUAUUUAAAAAGUCAUCACAAUGAAAAAUUAAACAGAAAAGCAAAAAAAAAAAAAGCCAAAACAAGAGAAAAAACAGAGCAUAGGAAAUUUUAAAUAUCAACGAAUGUAAACAGAUUAAAUGAUGGAAUGUCAUAUUAAAAAACAAGUACUACUGUUAAAAAUAAGAAAAAAAAACUGUAUACCUUAUGUGUAAUUGUAUUUAAGUGUAUAUAUAUAGAACAUGUUUGAAGAAAAACUAAGGAAUUCAGAAAUAAAAUCUUGGAAAUUUUCAUAAAAUUUAAAAGUACAAGACAACUAACUUUUUAUUGAGUACCUAAAAGUAUGCAAUAUAAUGUAGUUUAUUGAGCCCCAUGUUGAUAGGCUAUAUUGAAAUACUUGCUUAAAGUCAUUGUAGAACAAACAAAACAUCAGCGAAACAAAGUAGGCAAUUAUAGAUAGUAGACUAUCAAUUUGAAUACAUUAUUUUGCAGAAAAUGGUAGUCAUGAAAAAUUUGAGUAAAAAUUUAAAAAGAUAAAAAACGAUAUAUUAAUAACAAAAAACAAAUAUUACAAAAAAAAAAAAAACAAUUGUAAAUCCAUUGAAAUACUCAGAAAACAUAUAUGUUUUUAAGUUUUAUUGUAUACUGAUACUAUAUAAGGGAAUGACUUCCAUAUAAGAAAAAUCAGAUAAAAAAGUAAAACGGUUUGAAAAAGUUUUUUUUUUUAUAAAUUUUAUGUACACAAAAUAAACUAUCAUUAAAUAAAAAUGUAAAUGGCUGUUAACUACGUACAUUUAAACUGUUAUAUAAAAUUAUAUACAUAUAGAAAUUAAUUAUUUUUAGGCAUACAAAAAAUUAAUUAUUUUAUAAAUCAGCAAGUAAAAAUAAGAAUAGAAAUUCGUAUAAAAUUUAAAUGUCAAUGUUUAAAGAGAAAAAUCUUAAUGAUAGAAAUUGAAAAUUUAAAGAAAACAGUUGAUCGGGAAAAUAAAAAUGAUUGCAGGUACAUAAACUAAAUGCAUGGCAA